GAAGGAAUCUUUUACAAGUCCACAUUGCAUUACUGCAGAAGUGAAUAUUUACCUCAUGUAUUAAACUAUUAUGAAGUAUGAUGCAAAUGACUUGCUUUUUUCCGGACAGAUACCAAUCUACAUGUUCUCCGAUAUGCAAGUAAGGCGACUCACUUUUGAAACAUCUCGGAUAUGCCCCCCUCUCAUCUUCAGCGAAGUUAUUUCCUCGACAGAGAGUACAAAGUCAUUCAUCCCUUCCGAUCUUCUAAUGGUUGUAACAAUCCUAUCCGUUAAAUAUUUCAUCCAAAAUUUUCCGAUUUGUAAUAUGACACCCAUAAGGCACGCGCCCGAUCCCAGAAACCAUCGAACUACACCCGAUUUUCUUUACAAUCAGGUGAAGACGUCAAUUUAAUUUCAAUGGCAGCCAAAAAGAAGAAAGCAACUGCAGCUUCUGUAUCCCGACUUCCAGCAGGAACCGUGUCUCUACCGGCCUCGGAGGCGGAAGAUCGAGCGCCGUCUGCGCAAGACGAAGACUCGUCGGUCAAUCCUCAACAAAUCGAAAAACCACAAUAAUCAUGGCCGUUGUAUGGGCCUGUGAUUGAAUAUAAAAGCUGUGAUGAGAAAUGCGCUGGGUGGGGUUCGAAUGCAGAGUCUGAGAGUGA